CAGCUCCUAUAGCGCGGCGUGCAGGAAGGAUAAAACCUUCCGCAAACAGGUGUCCGAGGCGCAGUAUUCCUACUACUGUACCGUACUCCUGUGGAGACGUCUUCUAUACGUUUCCGCCUCGCACGGAGACGACGUCAGAGCUCUCCAUGAAUGGAUGAGCGCGCGAACGUCGGCACUAUGUGUGCCAACAGACAUCUCGGAUAGAUUUUCGUUUUUGAAUAGACGGAACACAACAACUAUGUCUACUACCGAAAAGGAAAAUAGCUCUUUCCAGCGCUCUGAGGAUAAGAUGGAGAAGAAAGGACGCAAGGGAAAGAACGCAGCUAAGAAGUCCCAGGAGAAGUACCGAGCUAGACGGGCUGACCAGGAUAUGGAGGAAUUCGACAAGGCCCUAGCGGCUAAGUACAAAUUGUUCUCAUCCGAUCAUGGUAGUCUGAAGAAAGCACUCGAGACUGUCAAGAUUGUAAAGGCGAAGGUGGCAGUACCUUUGUCUACAUCUACACGUGGAGUAGGAGUAGCGACGGCCAUGGCCUAUAGUCGCACAUGCACCACUUGGAACCCGCGGGAGAUUGGUAGGAUCGUUACGGUUCACCAAGUCUAUCGCGUGCACUUACUCUGUGCGCAUGUGAAGCUCUACAAAGCGCAGCAAAUCCAGACAGAGUGUCUGUCGGUUUACGGCGCGCUUCGCCGCAUCAUAGUCAACGACCAGAUCCGCGAGAUGCUGGAAACGGUUGGCCAACUGCCCUCGGCCAUGAUGGCAGUCAUGGACGCAAUCGGACGUAUUGAGGUAGAUGAACGCAUUUACCAUAUGGGAUAUGCCGAGAGGAUUAUCCCAGGUGUGCAGGGUCGGUGGAAUCGGUGGCCCACGUAUUGUUCGUGUGCCCACGCUUUGCAGACGUUCGCGCAGAGUUGCUGCAACGUGGGACGGAUGACGACGUUGAUGAAGACAACCUCGGCAGGCGACUGCUCGAGAGUGCGGAGACAUGGAACCGCGUGCAGCAGGCAUCGAAACGGAUAUUCUCCGUUCUGCAGGAAGACUGGCGGGAGGAAUCGCGUGCUCUGGUAGCCUCCAGAACCACGCAGGCCGGUUCUUCGCAAGACCCGCCCAUGGACUCGACGGAAGCAGAACAGAUACUGCAGCGAAGGCGUGAGGCGCGCAAUCGAGACGCUCGUAGUCGGCGACAGCUUCGCAGAAUGGAGCGGCUCGGCGACGUCCAGUUAGCGCCGGCACUGCUGGCACGCACUACGGCUAGUGAAACGGUACAGCGGUCGGAAGAGGUUGCAGUAGAGGAGGCAGGUUCUUCAGUGCCAGUGAUUCUCCAGCAGAGCAGAGGCUUGCUUCCUUCGCUGACCACCACAGACGCGCGGGGUUUGCUGCCGAACCUAAUUCAGCAACGGUACAGCGAGAGAGUUCGAGCCGGGACAUUGGCUCCUCUUCCGGGGGUAAGACGGCGCCGUGGAAGGCAACCGGCUUCAGCCAUUGAGCUGGAGCAGCAGAGACAGCGACGCCAAGAGAACGAGAGGGCGCGUAGGCUGCGCCACAGGCAGGCUCGCGACAUGGAGAUCGAGGCUCAACCUCCCCCAUUGAAUGAGCUGCCUGGCUCGGGAUCACCCGAACGGACGCCGGUUCUGAGUACAGCUGAAGAGGCGGCGGUUACGGAAGAGGCGACAUCAGGGCGCUAAACAAAAUUGAUUUUUAAAGAAAGAAUCCGGCACGGAAAUGGACGAAGGCUAACGGCAUACGGUAUAUUAGUGUUUAAGAUAGAUAUAAACGGUGAAAUUCUUCAUAUUUCCAUUUUUAGGCCCUCAAAGGGCGGAAUUCCCGGCGGGGGGAGUCCGUUAGUGGUAACUCCCGCCGGCAGGUGCGGAUCUAGAAAGUAAAAAAAAUAAAAUAAAAGAUCCAAGAAUUAAAAAAAAAAAAAAAAGACAUCUCGGAUUACCUCUCUGGUAUAGGAGAUGUAACCGACUUCGCGGGCGUCCCGUGGACAUUGGAAAUAGGAGCAGAGGUCAGCUAUGAUCCUAUUGAAGGUAUCUCAGGCCACUACGGAAGAG